AAUGGCCUGGUUCGGAAAUACAGCACGCCUCCACAGUUUUCAAUUCGCCCGUCGCGUCGCCGCCCGCGUCUUCGUUCUCUGGUCCGGACGGGACUGGUCGGCGCCGUAGGGGACGAGCUAUAGCCUGCGCCGACCACGUACGACCAGGCUUCCCCUGGUUUGAUUCCGAGACGAAGGUCGGGAGGAAGAAGAGGAGGAGAGGGCGGCGGCGCCAGCAGACCUGCGAGUGCUCUCCAAGUUCGUCGUCCCCUUCAAAUCCACCGAGACAGCCAAGCCAAGCCUAGCACAGCAGAGCAGCCGCAAGCUGGAGGAGCUGAGCUGAGAAAGCAGCAAUGGAGGCGCACAUGGCGGCCGCGCGCCCGCCGACGCACCACCACCACCACAACCAGCAGCAGAAGGCGGCCAACCUGGCGCGCACCUUCACCAAGCUUCUCCGCCGGAAGCGCUCCGACUCCGCCGCCGCGGGGGCCGUCCCCAAGGACCCCGACGCGCCGGCGUCCGUCCCCGCGGACGACUACGACACCUCCAUGGACGCCACCACCACCGCCCCCACCAUGCCGUCCCUCAGCAAGCUCAAGCUCUCGGGGAACCUCACCGCGGCCUACACCCUGGACGCCUUCUUCCGCAACGCGGCCGAGAAGAAGGCGGCGGCCUCCCCCGCCGGCGCCGCGGACUCCCUCCUCGCGACCCUCUUCGCGGGCGUCUCCGCCGUCAAAGCCGCCUACGCGCAGCUGCAGCUCGCGCAGCACCCCUACGACGCGGAGGCGAUCCAGGCGGCCGACGCCGCGGUGGUCGCCGAGCUCACCCGCCUCUCCGACACCAAGCGCCGCUUCCUCAAGGACCCCGCCGGCGCCGCCCGGGACCUGGCGGCCGCGGGCAACACGGCCCUCUCCGCCCACGCCGACGAGCAGCGCCACCUGCUCAAGACCUACCAGAUCACGGCGCGGAAGCUGGAAUCCGAAGCACGAACCAAGGAAUCCGACCUCGAACAUACAAGAGCCGCCCUCGCCGCCGAGCUCCGCGACGAGCGCGCCAUGGAGGUGCGGCUCCACCCGGGCCGCACCCUCGCGUCGCUCGACGAGCUCCACGUCUCGGGACUCAACCCGACCCACUUCCUCACCGCGCUCCGCCACGCCGUGAAAUCCAUCCGCUCCUUCUCCAAGUCCAUGCUCGCCUCGAUGCAGUCCGCCGGGUGGGAUCUGUCCGCCGCCGCCGCCGCCGUCCACCCCGGCGUGCCCCUACGCCGUCCCAGCGACGUGAAGUUCGUGUUCGAGUCCUACGUCGCCAUGAAGAUGUUCGCCAACUUCCACCGCCGGGACUUCAACUUCAGCUUCCUGGGCGAGCGGGAGCUCUACGAGCGCCGCCGCUUCUUCGACGAGUUCACCGACCUCAAGGCCGCGCCCGCCGCCGCCUUCCUCGACCCGCGCGGCGCGCGCUGGGGCGGCUUCGGCAAGUUCCUCCGCGCCAAGUACCUCUCGCUGGUGCACGCCAGGAUGGAGACGGCCUUCUUCGGGCGCCAGGAGCAGCGCGGCAUCGUCAGCGCCGGGCCCGGGUUCCCCGAGAGCGCGUGGUUCGCCGAGUUCGCGGAGAUGGCGCGACGGGUGUGGCUGCUGCAUUGCCUCUUCUUCGCGUUCGACGGCGGGGAUGGGGAGGACGGCGCGUCCAUCUUCCAGGUGCGCGCGGGGGCCAGGUUCGCCGAGGUGUACAUGGAGAGCGUCAACGACGGCCGGGCGACGGACGACGCGGCGUUCUCCACCGCCGCCGAGGAACGCUCCGUGGGGUUCACCGUCGUGCCGGGGUUUAGGGUCGGCCGGACGGUCAUCCAGUGCCGCGUCUACCUGUCGCGCCCCGGACGGCGGCCGUGAUGUUUCUAAGAAACCAACACCGGUGUUCGUCGUUCGUUUUAGCAGCAGGUGUUCGUCGUCUGGCGGACGAUGGGGGAAGAAGAAGUAAGAAAAAAUCCCCAUUUUGGGGCGGCCGUCGAUGAGGUCUCUCGCCGGUUGCCGGUCUGGGUGAUGAUGAAGGGAAGAUGAUCAUGCUGGUGGUGGGGGGUUAUGUAUCUAUUAAGGGAUGUAGCAGCAAUGUGAUGAUAAAUAUAAGUGCCAUUUCGGUUAGGAUCUA